AUGGAAGCAUCAUCUUUACAAUCAAAAAACAUAUCAACAACACAAACUACAACAUUAAAUCUAACGACAUCUUCAACACGUUCGUCUUUACCAUCACAAGAGAAGAUUACAAAAAAAAACGAAGUUGGAUAUAACAUCAACAUUAUCAAAGUCAUAUUCAAACGUACCAUUGGAUGGAUGCUCAAUAAUACAAAAUCAAGUGUCAUUGUCUCUUAUUUAUCAAUGAAGAAAGCAGUAGAGGAAACUGUAGCUGCUGAAAAUGGUACAGAAUUAAUGGUUAGUGGAGAUGGAUUCUGGCAGACUCGAGGUUUCCAAAGCAGACAUGGUGCGGCUGCUCUUUUAUCUUGUAAUACACCACCAAAAGUACUCGAUAUAGAAACAUGCAAUGUGCUUUCUAUUAAAAAAUCCAAUCCAGCUAAAUAUGAUAAUAUUAUUAGAUCGCAUCGAUGUGAAAAAAAUUAUGAAAAAAGUUCUGGUACAAUGGAAUCUGCUGCUAUUCUUACUAUGUUCAAACGAUCAGUUUCAAAAUAUGGAGUUUACUAUACUAAGUACGUUGGUGAUGGUGAUUCAAAAACCUUUCCAGUGCUUUCAAAAAUCUUACCUUAUCUGGGAAAAGAAAUAAAAAAAAUCGAAGCCUUGAAUCAUUUUAGCAAAAGAAUGAAACGAGGAUUAGAAACAAUAAAAUGUGAACAUGGACGAAAAAAAUUAUCUGAUGGUAAAACAAUUGGUGGUAAAAAUCGUCUAUCUGUUCAUAAUAUACUUCGAUUACAAAUGACAUUUGCCUCCACCAUUCGAAAGUUCAAGCAUGAUCUAGAUUUAUUAUUUAAAGGAUCUUGGGCAAUAUUUUGGCAUAAAUAUUCGACCAAUGAUGAUCCUCGUCAUGAUUAUUGCAGUAUCGAUUGGUGUGGCUAG